AUGUAUAACCUGGUUAUGUUGAAAGAUAAUUUUGAAAAAAAGGAUCGUACGCAAAUUGGAUCCGGAUUCCGAUCCGUCCCGACCCAUCAUCAGGAUUUUGAUUCGGAUCCAGAAACCACGGAUCUCAAGCUCGUUCACAUGUCGCUCCCUAUAAUUCGCAUGCAGUCCGGAGCUUGGUUUCAGGAUAAAUGCUUAGCAUCAAGUCAAAAAAGAAAGCUACCUUGUUGCGCCAGCCACAUGAAGUCAGCCACCGACAGCGACAGGACUGAACUGAACUAUCUGGUACUGAGUAGAAGUAUUUUGAAGGUUUCUACGGAUAUAUCUCUUGUAAAUAUCUCUUCGAGUAAUAUGUAG